AUGACGACUCCGGAAACCAUGGGCGCCGGAGACCACUUGAAGUCGUUCAUCGAGCACUUGCAAGACGCCUUCGAAGAAGAACUAGACACAGAAAUGUCGCGCACACGCAGUUGGUUGUUUCUUGAGGCACUUUCAGUUGGAGACUCCAGACCGGGCUGUCAUGAGGUACCGACCGCCCUACACCCGACUUCCACAGCACGACCUGCGAGGCGACGCCAUCAACCUCGUCUACGAAAAUAUGCUCACCAAGUAAGAAGGCCUCGGGAACAUAUCCAAAAUUAAUUUUUAUCAUUUCCAGCAAUCGGUAGGUUGAAAUACAAACCUUCUUCGCGAACCCCGUCAUUCACCUCUUCUCUCCUUUAUUAAGAACAAUUACUCAAAAACUGUUUUUAGGCUAUGCCCUCCGGAAAUUGCGCACACAUUUGCGGUGGCCUACGUUGACUUCAUGGCUGAUCAACUCAAUACGCGAAAAGUCAGCUUCCAAGAAGGUUUCGUUUUUCAAGCGGAAAAAGGUUAUAUAUCAAAGUUUUCUAGAUGUUUACAAUACGGUGGAUGUGAGUGCCUGGUGCAAGCAAGUGAUGGACGGAAUGUUUCCUUUCGCAAAAAAGAUUAUCUCCGGAGAGAUUCCAACGAUUGGUUCGGAAUGAGGCUCUACGAGAAAAGAGAAACGGACUCAGAGUUGCCGGACAGCAUUGCGAUGAUCUCCACGGAGUCGAUGCGUGGCCGGCGCGCCAAGCAAGAAGAUCGCUUUGUCGCCUACACCACUGGAACCACCAUGGAUCCAAACUUCGAAGUGGGAUAUCCGUUGCAACGAGGGGAAUUUGUCUGUUUCAGGACAAGGUGGGACUGUUCGGCGUGUUUGACGGCCAUGGAGGAGCUGAAUGCGCCAUCUACGCCGCCGCCCAUCUGGCCGAAGAGUGGAUGGCGGUCAGAGCAGAGAAGCCAGACCUCGAGACCAGCCUCUCUCUGAGUCUCAAGAACUUGGGUCUGUUCAGUUCUUGAAACGACCGACAAAAGAUAUUUUAUUAAUAAAACUGUAAGAUUCGAUUUUCAUUUUUGUCGUUAGACGGAAAAUUUUUUCUCAUUGAGUUCGGAUUUUGAAUAUGCGUUUUUUUCGAAUGGUUUUUUAAAAUUGUUGUCAAAUUCUUUAAGAAAGGGCUGCUUUCAAAAAAUUCAACAACAUUUCGCCGGAUUUUUUAUUAUUUUGGUUUUAUUUUAUUUUUGGCUCGUUCACGAACGUUUUUUUUGUCAGAUUCAGCAUCAUUUUGCACCGGUUGUUAAUCUGAAAACCCAAAGUAUUCUUCUACUAAGAUAGUUCUUGCAGUCGAAAAACCUCAGGGGCCUCGUUUUAUUCGCCCUGUUCAGAUCAAUUUUUUGAGUUUUUGCUCAAAAAUCACAAGGUUUCAAAAUUAUUCAUAAUUUUGUACUUUCUUUUUGGUUUAGUUCAUUGAAGGCCAAAAAUUCACAACCGAUCGGUUCGAAUUAUUUCUUUAAGAUCGGCGGAUGACCGUUCGAUCUGAAAAGGAGCAGUGGCGUGGCGGGACCACAGCCGUCGUUCUGGCUGUUUCUGAGGAUGAGCUCGCUUUCGCCUGGCUUGGAGACUCUCCAGGGUUUCUUUUGACAUUAUUCGUCAGUAUCUGCUAUGAUCGAGUUCUUCAGCUAUCUGAUGAGCCCAUCGAAGUUGGAGAAAAUCACCAGGAACCAUUCUCCUUCCGACCCGGUCAGAAUCCUGUCUUCCUUUCUAAUCUUGGUUUUCUUUUUUGCAGGACGAAGCUCGACGUGUGGAAGAAGCCGGGGGUCAGUUGCUCUUCAUCCAGGGAGAAAUGCGCGUCAACGGCGUUCUGAAUUUGACGCGAGCUCUAGGUAGGAGUCUAUGUAUACGUGGAACGGCACAAAAUUUGAGAUUAUCAAGAGGAGACUUGAUUAAAUAAGUUUUAUUUUAGCUUCAAUUUUUCCCUUUUUUCAGGAUGAGGACUAUGAAAGGCUUUCUCAUGUUUUUUAAACAUAUUUUUUCAAAUUAAAAGCUGAAUUUAACGUAAAAUGGUUUAGGCGAUGUUUCUGGUCGCCCGAUGAUCAGCAACGAGCCCGAGCUGAAGACGGUUAAACGGGAAAAAGAUCAGUACAUGGCGGUGCUCGCCUGUGAUGGAAUCACAGACGUGUUCAGCACCGAGGAGAUACUCAGACUCAUCGAGACUUUCAUCGCGAACAACGACCUCGAGGGUAAUUACGCACUCAACUCUGAAAUCUGAACUCGUUUUCAAGACUAUUACGAACUUGCGAUGUACAUCUGCCGUCAGGCCGUGGAUCGUGGCUCUGCCGACAACGUCACUGUUAUCGUCGUUUUCCUCCGCUCUCCUGAUGAAGUGAGCCAUUGAUCGAUAGGUUUCAUUCUCAAAAAGCAGAAUGUUGAAACUGAGAUCGUAAGAUUAUAUCAAAAAGCUCGAACAAAGCGCCGAUGAGAAAGAAUAAAAAUUGGAAAAAGGGUAAUUUUCUAGGCCUUUCUGAUAAUGAGAAAAAAGUUUUUUCGUUGGUAAGGGAAUGUUCUGCAGAAAUUAUGGAAGAUGAGUUGUUUUCUGUGGUAUGAUACCUGGAUUUCGUCCCGGAAAAACCGAAAAGUGAUCCUAGUGACCACGCGUCUUUCAUCUCUUCAUUUCCGUGAAAAAUGAUUUUAUUUUUAAAACUUGAUAGAUCUGGGAGCUGAUGAAAACGGAGCCUUCGGAUCCGGAAUCUUCUUCGUCGUCGUCGACCGAUUCUCCAGUGUCGGACCCCGACUCUGACACAAACGAUGAAGAAUCUGACCAAGAGAAACUCGAUGAUAUGUAG